AAAGUCUAGUAGAUAUUUUGCUGUUUAUAGAAUAUUUUAGAACACUGAAUAUAAGUUUAUCCAUUCUGACAGUUGAAGUCAUUAACACUUGGUGACAGGAGCUAAAAAUAUAUCAGCUGCUUUUGAGGCCCGUGUUUAUGUUUUCAUAAUUCUGUAAGAAGAAGCUGUUUUAUAAAAAUAAUGCUAACUGUUUAUGUUAAAUAAUGAAAGCUAGAUAUCUAACAUUCUUUUCCUAUAUUGGUACAAAAUUCAGGUCCUCGGAGAAGCUCUGGCUCAAAGAAGGUCGCAAUUACCCCGAUCCUGAAAGCGUGCAAGGCUUAAUGGAACUAGCCCUACUCAAAAUAAGGCCCUUGAAUUAUCCCAACCUUACUUUAUCAAGCCGCACAGAUGGUGGAGUGCAUGCACUCAAAUCAAGUGCUCACUUUGACUUGGAGAGAAAGGGAGAAGACGUAUUUGAAUCAAAUUAUGUCACAUAUGAAAUGAACAAGUACUUCUUCAAAAAUGAUAUCAGUAUAAUUGUGAGGACAUGUUUGAGGGUCAACGACAACUUCAGUGCUAGAUUCAAUGCUCUAUCAAGAACAUAUUUAUACAGAUUAGCAGUACUAAAGCCUGAAGUGGCGUCAAAAGACAAGACUACAAUAGCAUCGUAUAUACCAAUCGAGGAAUGGAAAAGAUGUCAAUUUGUAAGACGCAGUGAGUUUGAUAUCGAAAGAUUCAAAGAAGGGGCAGCCUAUCUUGAGGGCUACCACGAUUUCACCACCUUCAAAAAGUUUGACAAGUUACUGCAGACCAAACACAAUCGCAGAGAAAUCAAGUCUAUAGUUGUUAAACCUGGUCGCCCGUGUACAACUUCUUACUGCACUGGUUUGGAAAACGGUUUCACUUAUUGGGAUAUUGAGAUAAAGGCGAAGGCUUUCGUACACAAUCAGAUACGUCGCAUGAUAGGCACGUUAAUAUCGGUAGCUAUUGGAAAGUUGGAACCGCACGACGUCAAAGUGAUGCUUCAAAUACCCUCAAAGCACUCCUGGCACACGUUCAUACAAACCUGUCCACCCAACGGCUUGUACCUCUGCAAUGUGGAAUAUAACCCAGAAGAUCUCAUUUACAACCCAGAAAAAAGCACAAACAUGAAAAAUAUUCAUGAAGAGCUUGAAAGUGAAUAGAAGUGAAACUGAAAGUGAACUUUGAUCUUUUAACUGAUUAGCGUGAAAAAGUAUUCUGUGAAUUAGAAUGUCUAAACUUAAAAGGUAAAAAAACUUUAUUAAUAUAAUAAAGUGAUUAAGUGACAUUUAAGUCUAUUACAAUGAAACUCGCUUCAUAUAAAGAUUACAAAGUGGGUCUUAAUAGCCUACCUUGAGACACACCCCAUGUUUAUAGUGUUGAACCACUGUUUCCAAUCUUAAUUAUUUAGAUCUCCUAAUAAUUUUAUCAUUU